AUGGAGUCGAAACUGUGUUGGAUUGCAGGCGUGACUUCGGGUGGUCCCGCGGGCUAUUCGAUGCUGGCAGAAAGCCCAGGCGGGGUGAUCAGCACGUGGAUUCGCAACAAGCUGAAGAAUGCUCGUCCCAUCGUGCUCCGAGAUCUGCCGCUCAUCCAACGCACCAACGAAGAGCUCUCGCAUGUCGACGGCUUGUUCAAGGAGGCUGCAGCGGCCCUGGAGCUACCUUACCAAGCCGAGAGCAAAGCUGGUGCUUCCACACCCCGUCCACCCCCCUCGCCCGCAGCACGCUCCGACCUCAAGGCGAACCCAACCAGUUCUUCGGCCGUCGCGGCGGAACUGGAGCAUUUGCAUGAGAUCCAACCAGCCAGCGACGCCUUUGCAGCCGUGCGGCGUUGCCGGGCUCGAGUGCCGCAUCGCAUAUCUGCACAAGCAGAGGCAGCACUAAUUCCAGUGCUGGCGGAGGACUUCAUUGGUCAUGUCAUCUUGCCCUUUGGUCGACGCGUCCCAGGACCUUCAAGCAACAGGUAUGGCCUGGAAUUGGUCGACCGGGAGCUGCAAAUGCAGAAGCAAGAAGGCGCGGAGACGGAGCUUCAGGAGAUGGAGAGAGGAGGGUUCGGUUAUUUCUACGAUUUCCAGGUCGCCCUCCUCGUCCUUGUCUACCCCCUGGCCUUCCUGGUGCCCCCGCGUGCUCCGGCACGGGCUGCCACACUGUCUGCCGGAGUGGCAGCAGGAACACCGCUGGCAGCCUGGGCACAGGAUGCGGGCGAUGACUUUGGGUCUGCGACCACUGUGGUGGAGGUCCUCUUCGCCGCUGCGACCAUCGCGAUCAUCUUGAACCCAGACUACUUUCUGGGCGGGAAGUGGGUCAAGGCAGUGCAGGGCGCAACCUGCGAAGUGUCCCACAUACUCUUGGAGGACGAAAAGUCCGCUGCAGAAGUCUUCGCCCAGUGCCAGGGCAAGAAUUUCAAUGACUUCAAACGCCUGGCGCGCAAGAAGUCGUUGGAUGGCGCCACGGCGGUACGAGGUGGCGACCUCGGAGCAGCUUUGAAGAGCAAGGGAGUUGCCGUUUGA